CGGGGUCAUGCGGGUCUCCGUCGUGGGUCUCAUCGCGGUCGUCGCCGCAGCCACCUUCUACCUGUACCUGCUCACGUGCUUCCUGCCGCCGGCGCCGCGACACCUCGGGCUCCGCGAGGGAGACGAGGGCGCGGAGGGGCGGCACGUGGAGCCCAGGCUGAAGUUCCCUGCUGACCUGGAGGAGCUGCGUGAGCUGGCUGAGCUGCUGCAGUUCUACAGGACGGAACAUGCGGGAUACGUCCUACUGCUCUACUGCAGCGCCUACCUCUACAAACAGUCCUUCGCCAUCCCAGGCUCCUCCUUACUGAACAUGCUGGCGGGGGCGCUCUUCGGACCCUGGCGAGGUCUGCUCCUGGCCUGCACGCUCACCACGCUGGGCUCCACCAACUGCUACCUGCUGUCGCGCGCCUUCGGCAAGCGCCACGUGGCGCGCCUCUUCCCGGCCAAGGUGGCCGUGCUGCAGAAGAAGGUGGAGGAGAACAGGAGCAGCUUGUUCUUCUUCCUGCUGUUUCUGCGCUUCUUCCCCGUGACGCCCAACUGGUUCCUCAACAUCACGUCUCCCAUCCUCAACGUUCCCAUCGCCAGCUUCUUCUGCUCCGUCCUCAUCGGUCUCAUCCCGUACAACUUCAUCUGCGUUCGCACGGGCGCCAUGCUCUCCGACAUCUCCUCCCUCGACCACAUCUUCUCCUGGAGCACCCUGCUGCAGCUCCUGGCCAUCGCCUGCGCCGCUCUCGUGCCCGGAGCUCUGGUCCGCCGCUACGGCCACGCCCGCCUCGGGCCGGACGGUCCGGAGCGGAACGGAGGGCCCCCGCGCGAGAAGACCGCGUGACCGGAGCCCGUCCCGCUGCCGCACGGGCGUCGCCCCCUAGCGGCCGGGGGGACUCGCGGCGUCCGACGAGCGUCGUGUCUUAAAGAGCGGAGCCGUGGAGUAGGUAGAGUAGGUGUUUCGGGAUGAAUGGACCUCGAGUCACUUUUCAGUAAUUAUUUAUUUUGUGAGUAGCUGUAGGUAGUGUGCUGUUUUGGGAAAACAUCGAUAGCGAGUAGCGCUGGAAACGAGGUUCGUCUUUACUCGGCUCUGUUGAACCCCUGUGCGCAAUGACCUCGGUGCCCUCGAACCUUUUCAUACCUUUUGUUUCACCUGCUCAUGAGUCUCAAGUGCUGCUUCAUUCAUGCGAACGGAUGCAUUGUGAGGUGUGCGUGCGUGUGUGUGCGUGUUUGCUCUGCUCUCUACUUCACGCGUCCGGUCGGUUCCCAAAUCUGCGCCGUGGCAACCGGACGAUGAUCUCCGGCGGACCGAGGCCGCGCGCGACUGCGCUCUCCUCUCGCGCUCCCGUGCCGAGUCCGGGCCCCGGGGGGCGCUCCGGCGCUCGCGGGACAUCGGGGCGGUCGUACCGGUUAGACACGCAAAUGAACGUCCCGGGCGCGUCCCAGGUGCGCGUGUGAUCGUGACCCACCUGCACUCCAGGUGUCACUUAAAAGGCUUCCCUUCGCUGAAUGACUCACCGCUGACAGCGGAAGUGCUGGGAUUUAAUGCGCAAACCUCCCGAAAGAAGCGCGUUCAGUUCAGUGCGCAGGGUGGCAGCGUGUCCGGAGUGAAAUAUGGCUUCGGGGAUUUUUUUUUUUUGUCUGUUUGGAAUUGCAGGUAUUUAUGAGUCGAAAAAUCCCCAGAACUGCAGAAAAGUCCACCGGAGACGUGAUUAAGAGCGAGUCCUGUCUCACACCAGUGUGCCAGUGUGUUGUCCCGCGUUCCCAACAGCACACCGGGGUAAAAGUCUUGGCUUGUGCACAUUUCUGUGAAGCCUGAGUCAUGGUGUGUGUGUGUGUGUGCGUGCGUGCGUGCGUGCGUGUGCGUGCGUGCACACAGUAUGGCUAGGCAAAGUCUUAAAGGUGCUCCCUGGGCUUCCCUACAUGUUUACAGAAACCCACUCAGUCUUAGAGUCACAGAGCUGCACCGAUGCCCAUUAAAGCUCUCAGCUUGUUCACAUGGUGUGUGUCGUCCGCUUCCUGCUCGAGGAAAAGACCAGAGCGGAGCCCUUCGCGAAGGGCGGCGGCGGCGGCGAGCGAGACGAGCAGAUAGUCCCGGAAGGAAGAGACGCACACACGCACACGUCGUCAUUUAUACGUGAAUAUUCAGAGUGAGCUGGGAAACGGCAAACACAAGAGCAAUUUCGCUGCAGCUUGUGAGCCUCGAGGAGCGAACGCCACGCCCCGACUCCUGUGACUCAAAAGGCAAAGGAAAGCUUUACUUGUCGCUUCAGCACAAA